UUGCGGGAAUUUGGGGGAGUGGGUCCCGUUGCUGAUUACGGCGAAAUCGGAAUGGAGCUCCUAAAGUGCGUCUACACGCGGAACGCUCUUGGCCAAACCGUAUCGACUUGUCGGCAGUCAGUUGUAUUUGAUGGCCGACCAGGCUAGAACGUGAUUCCCUCGCUGGAGAAAAUAAUUAAAUUUGAUUAGGCAAUUUUCGUAAUAAAGAACUAUACAUGCACUGAAAAUUAGUGGAUGACCAGCAGCUGCUGAUUCGAGAAAUGCCCAUCGAUAUUUACUGCGAAGCGAGGAACUUGGAACAUCGUUUUAGUAAGCGCAUUUCAUAAAUUCCCCGACUCAAAUUCCAUUGGAGUAGUUGAAACGAAAUCUGGAAAUUCAAAGUUAAAUAGAGCAUCGAGAGCAUUGCGUGGCACGUUCGGACUUUCGUCGAUAAGCCCCUUCCCGAUAAGCUUUAUCAUCUGCACGGAGCCAAUUCGAUAAUCGUAGACCGCGGAGCAUAAGUCAAUAUUCAAAGUGGAUCAUGGCAGUACAAAGUAAGCUGGCUGAGAUAGCCUUGAACUGCUCCUGCUAUGAGUACAAUCACCCAUGGACCUCGAGCUGUGCCUGUGCUGCGGCGGGCAUGAUGAUAUCCGAGAUUCCUCCCGCGCUGCGCACCUACGCCACUGUUUACGUGUUAGCCCUCAUCAUGCGAGGACGCAUUCCAUCGCUUAAGGACAUUGGACGUACUGUAUCUGGAAUCCUGCAGUCGACAGCUUUCCUUUCGAUGAACGGAGGCCUCUUCAUUUUCGCGGUGUGCUAUUUGCGUCAGCUGUUGGGUGGAUUCCACUUCAGCACAGUGGCGUUUUGGCCCUCAUUCCUGUCCAGUUUCGCUUGCCUGGCCUUCGAGCGGCCGGAGCGACGAGCUCCACUGGCCCUGUAUGUGGCCAAUGUGGGCAUCGAGACGCUGUGGAAGAUGCUGGAGGCCCGUGGCCUGGUGCGAUCUAUUCCCAAUGGCCAGGUGCUCAUCAUGGGCGUCAGUGUGACCGCCCUGAUGUAUCUGUAUCGCGCUGGACUGCACAAGACGGUGGCCAAGGACGCGACCUUCAAGGCAUUGGGUCUGAUUGUGGGCAAGGAGGAGGAGGGACCGCUGAAGACGCCGGUGGUGACCACUUCUCAGAGCUCCCGCCAGGCACCGCUCAACUUCCGCUGCAUUACCGCGUACCUGCAGCUCUAUGACCGCCUGCUGAAGGCCAAGCAUCCCAGUUGUCCACACAAACAGGGCUGCGCUAAAUACGCUCUUAUAGGAGGACUAAAACCCUUCGUUGGAGGCGUGGGCAUAUCGGUGGGUCUUAAGCUGCUGCUCAACAUUGUCAAGAUCUUCCAGCUCAAGAUGCAGUGGCGCAAGCAGAUCUUCAACAAGGGAAACCUGCAAUUGGGUCUGGCACUGGGCAUUUUCUCAUUCCUUUUCAAGACGACUUCCUGCGGUCUGCGCCACACCUUUGGAUAUGACAAUGCUCUCUUCGCCAUUCCGGCUGGCUUGAUUGGAUCCGUUGGUCUCCUGCGUUUCCCCAACACCACGGUGGCCUGUUACCUGAUGUGGAAGGCCCUUCAGCUGCUUUACAACUGGGGCAUCGCAGAGGGCAAAUUGCACGAGGUUCCACAUUUCGCGAUGCUCAUGUACGGAUUCUUCACGGCCGUGCUCUUCCACUCGGCAAUCCUGGAGGCUCGUUCUUUGCGCCCCAGCUACUACAAGUUCCUCAUGGGCAUCUCUGGCAAUCGCAUCAGCCGCUUCAAUGUGAAACCCUUCGAGGCCUACGGACUGAAGAGCCAGGACCAAAUCAACUAUGUGAUCAAGAAACUGGGCAUCGACAUGACCUCGCCCUUCCCCCUUUACGCCCUGACUGUCUAGAUUGUUAUUCCUCCCUUUGUCUGCUGUACAAUAAAAAACAAAAUGUAAUAAAAUGUAUAACACAACGA